AUGGCUCCCCGUCGCUCACAGGAAGCCGACCGCAAACUCGAGAGCGGACAGGCCAACCAGUCCGCCAACACUGGUUUACACCCUGCAUUUUACAUCGCUCUGUGGAUUGCGCUGAGUUCGAGUGUAAUUCUUUUCAACAAGUGGGUGCUGGCGACCGCCAAAUUCAACUUCCCGCUCUUCUUGACGACAUGGCAUAUGGGAUUCGCGACCUUCAUGACCCAGAUUCUGGCGCGGUUCACCGAUAAACUCGACUCGCGGCAUAAUGUUCCCAUGACUCCGCGAACAUACACUCGCGCCAUCGUGCCUAUCGGUCUCAUGUUCAGUUUGAGUCUUAUCUGCGGAAACCUGUCGUAUUUGUAUCUCAGUGUUUCUUUUAUUCAAAUGCUCAAGGCAACAAACGCCGUCGCAACUCUCCUAGCAACAUGGGCCUUUGGCAUUGCGCCCGCUAAUUUCCGCACGCUGGGCAAUGUUCUCCUGAUCGUGGUUGGUGUCGCGAUUGCCUCGUUUGGAGAGAUUAAGUUCGAUAUGUUUGGAUUCCUGAUCCAAAUUGGUGGUAUCAUCUUCGAGGCCCUCCGCCUCGUCAUGGUCCAGCGCCUCCUUAGCUCCGCCGAAUUCAAGAUGGACCCUCUGGUCUCGCUGUACUACUACGCGCCCGCAUGCGCCGUGACAAACGGUGUUGUCACCCUCUUCACUGAAGUCCCGCGCAUGACCAUGGCUGAUAUCUAUGGCUUGGGUCUCGGGACCCUGAUUGCUAAUGCGAUGGUUGCGUUCUUGCUUAAUGUGUCCGUCGUUCUCUUGAUCGGCAAAACCUCCGCCGUGGUCCUCACCAUGGCCGGUAUUCUCAAGGAUAUCCUCCUUGUUUUCGCGUCCAUGGCUAUCUUCCGUGACCCCGUCACCUUCCAGCAGUUCGUUGGGUACUCGAUUGCGCUUGGUGGUUUGGCGUACUACAAGCUUGGAGCUGAGAAGAUGGGUGCUCUUCUGAGAGAUCUGCGUGCGACUUUGUGCGGGUAA